AUGAAGCUUGCGAAUUCACAAAAUUUACGCAAUCAACGAAAAGACAAAUGCUACAAUCACAUGGUUUUUCUCGAUGAUAUUUAUUCGGUCGAUAAAAUCAUGAGAAAAGAGACGAGAAAUAAAAUAUUGGUCGUUUCGGAAUCAACGCCCUGGGCCGUUCGCGAUUUUCUCAAAAGUUACGCCUCCAGAUUCUACGUCCAUUUGCUCGUCGUUACUCACACCAUCAGUCAGAGAACAAAGGAAGGAACUUACUUGUUGUACACUCACAAACUUUACACCGACGGGAGUGGCAGAAGUGAAUCCCUUUUGUUGACAUCCUGGAUAAACAAUAGCCUGACGAAUCCCGAAACGAAUUUAUUCCCAAAGAAAUUAACCGACGGAUUCUGGGGCCAUAGGAUUUUGAUCUCAGCUGCUCACAUGCCUCCUUUCGUUAUCCGCAGGGACCCACUGUCGGGAGCCGACGUGACCUGGGACGGAAUCGACGUUCGCAUGGUCAGAUUGAUGGGAGAAGUUUUGAACUUUACAGCAGAAUUUCGAGAUGCAUCAUCGACGACGAUGAGUCCGAUUGCUGCAGCUAAAAACGACGUGAGGCUCGGAACGAGCGCAGCUGCGAUCGGCGGAAUCUACAAGAAUCUGGAAACCGUGACAGAAUUCGAUACUUCGACGGCUCACAUGCAGGACUGUGCAUCGUUCAUCUCAUUGGCGUCGACAGCCGUGCCAAAGUACCGAGCGGUAAUGGGGCCAUUUCAGUCAACGGUGUGGUUGCUGCUGUGCGCAGUGUACAUAAUUGCGAUAAUCCCAUUAUCGAUGAACAGUCAUUACAGCAUGAAGUCUCUGUUAACAAAGCCGAGCAAUUUGGAGUCGAUGUUCUGGUACGUCUUCAGCACCUUCACCAACAGCUUUUACGUGAAGAAUCCGAUGUUGAAUUCCGGCCUUGGACAAAACGCCACUUCGAUUCUCAUCGGAAUCUAUUGGGUCUUCACGAUUAUAAUAACGUCUUGUUACACCGGAUCGAUCAUGGCCUUCAUCACGGUUCCCGUUUAUCCCACAGCGAUGGAGACCGCCGAUCAAUUGCAUAGGAAUCGCUAUCAAAUUGCAACACUUGAUCACGACGGAUGGGAGAAAUGGUUCAAUUACACGAGACUCGACGACCCACUCGCGAUAAAACUGCUGAAAAAUCUCGAAUACGUGCCCACGGUUAAAGAAGGCGUCAGGAACGCUAGUCGAGCUUAUUUCUGGCCUUACGCCUUCCUCGGCUCUCGAAUACUCCUCGAGUACAUCGUCCAAGCGGAUUUCGCACCCAAUUGGGCCACGAAGAGAUCGCUCAUGCACAUAAGCAGCGAAUGCUUCGUCCGAUAUGAGGUCACGAUGGUUCUGCCGAUCGAAUCGAUUUAUACCGAGACCUUUAACAAAGUGAUCAUUCGAGCUCGGCAAUCGGGACUUGCGCAAAAAAUCGUUCGCGACGUUGAGUGGGACGUGCAGAGAUCGUCCACGGGAAAAUUAUUAUCGGUUUCCGGCGGAGUCAAACUUCAACGCGUUUCGGUAGAAGAACGUCAACUCGCCCUCGACGACACUCAGGGAAUAUUCUUGAUCCUCGGGGCCGGGAUCCUCAUAGGAUUUUUCGUUCUUUCGAUCGAAUGCUGUUUCCACCGCGUCACAAUGCGCUGCAAAGCAAAACAGGUUUACGAUGACUCAGAUAUUUCUUCGGAGAAUUUGUACCAGAGAAAUGUGGACAUUUGGGUAAACGACCACGAGGAAAAUACGCGACGCAGAUACUCUUCGAGCAGCGUUUGAGACCAGCUCAUCACUCCAAAAAGCCAAUUACAAAAUAUUUACUGGACUCAAAUUUACUGGACUCCAAGUGGGUCAACAAUCAUGCAGUUUUUCUUCGUCGUUAUUUUCUCCAAUAAUUACUCGUAAUUGGAGUUUUAUAAUUAUCAGUGGCAAAUGACGGCGCUUUUCUGGCGAUUCUAUUAUUCAAUAAUUAUUUUUGACAAAUUUUGCAGAGGCUAGUUUCAUCAAAACUUGAGCGAGUGAUCAAAUUAAUUUUGUAUGUAUAAUUUUGUUUUUUUUUUAAUCUAUCCAACAAUUCGAACAAUGCUGAGUUUUUUUUGGCAUAUGACGUCAGCCAAGAACUUGCAAACGUGUAAUUAAAAUGUAGAAUCUGAAUAAACGAUGAAGCAUUUUGAGGA